AUGUCGGAAACAGUAUCAGAGCAAUUGCGAGUCACAGCAACUGCAUCGUCAUCUCGUUGUGCAUACAUCACCGUCAGAAUGGAAGCUUCCGAUUGGGCUAGACGGUCGGAAGUCGAAUUCAUCGCAGAAGAUGGUACAUUUUACAUUCGUCCACCAAGCCUAAUUAGGCUCCCUCAAUUCUUGGAGAGAACCCCUACCGGUGUAUCUGUUGGUCGUUUCCCACCCAAGACCUACCACCUCUCUCUCGGUGAGGAGUUUCCGGGGCCGUUCAUCUCGAUGAGCGAUACCGCGUCGAAUGGAGGUCUCACUUUCUGGUUAGGAAGGAAUGAGAAUGAUCCUGCUACUGUAAGGGUACGAGGAAUUUAUGAUCCUCAGAUACCUACUUGGGAGGAAGGGGAUCUCACUUCGAAUGUUAGAAGAGUCGAUGUAGGUUGUUAUACUUUUUCCAUUGUGGGGGAUGAUCAACAAGAGGGUAGGGUUGGCGAUCACGGUCAGACGGAGAUUUCUGGUCAAACUGAUCGAAGCGGCGGAUCUAUCAAGAAUAAGAUGAGGAACUUGUUGUCUCCAAGACACCGAGGAUCCAGCUAG